GUGUUUGGAGCCUCUUUUGAACAAGGACAAGGCUAUUCUACGGGAUAAUGUAACCGGGAGGCCCGCGUCAGAGCAGACUUGACCAUGGGAGCCAACGCGUCAAGCAAACCACCAGUGUUUGAUGAAAAUGCAGACGUCAACUUUGACCACUUUGAGAUUCUUCGCGCCAUCGGCAAAGGAAGCUUUGGGAAGGUCUGCAUCGUGCAGAAGAACGACACCAAGAAGAUGUACGCCAUGAAGUACAUGAACAAGCAGAAGUGCGUGGAGCGCAACGAAGUGAGGAACGUGUUCAAGGAGCUGCAGAUCAUGCAGGGCCUGGAGCACCCCUUCCUGGUGAACUUGUGGUACUCCUUCCAAGAUGAAGAAGACAUGUUCAUGGUGGUGGACCUCCUGCUCGGCGGGGACCUGCGAUAUCACCUGCAGCAGAACGUUCGCUUCGAGGAAGACACGGUGAAGCUGUUCAUCUGCGAGCUGGCCAUGGCCCUGGACUACCUGCAGGGCCAGCGCAUCAUUCACAGGGAUAUGAAGCCUGACAACAUUCUCCUGGAUGAGCACGGCCACGUGCACAUCACAGACUUCAACAUCGCCGCCGUGCUGCCCGACGAGGCCCGGAUCACCACCCUGGCGGGCACCAAGCCUUACAUGGCGCCUGAGAUGUUCGGCUCCAGGAAGGAAGCAGGCUACUCCUUCGCCGUCGACUGGUGGUCCCUGGGAGUGACGGCGUAUGAGCUGCUGAGAGGCCGGAGACCCUACCACAUCCGGUCCAGCACCUCCAGCAAGGAGAUCGCGCACACGUUCCAGACGGCUAUGGUGACGUACCCGGCCGCCUGGUCGCAGGAGAUGGUGUCGCUUCUGAAGAAGCUGCUCGAACCCGACCCCGACCGGCGCGUCUCCCACCUGGCCGACGUGCAGCGCCUCCCCUCCAUGAACGACGUGAACUGGGACGCGGUUCUGCACAAGCGGCUCACGCCCGGCUUCGUCCCGAGCAAAGGCAGGCUGAACUGCGACCCCACCUUUGAGCUUGAAGAAAUGAUCCUGGAAUCCAAACCCCUUCACAAGAAGAAGAAACGUCUGGCAAAGAGAGAGAAGGAGAUUCGGAAGUGUGACUCGGCUCAGACCUGUCUUCUCCGGGAGCACCUCGAAUCUGUCCAGAAGGAGUUUAUCAUUUUCAACAGAGAAAAAGCACAAAGAGACUUCACCAGAAGGGAAGCCGGCGUAGCCUUGGAUCACACCCCACAGGAAGAGGACGGGCAGAAUAACAACCUGUGAGGACGCCUCGGGUGUUUCGGGGACCC